GGAAAAGAAUGUUGUAAAUCAUUAUGGCUAUAUCAUGUAAAUAGAUAUAGGGUAAAUCAUUAUGUUGUUAUAGGCUUACCCUUUCCAUGUUUUAUGGAUGACUUUAGGAAUCCUUGUUUUAUGGAGGACUUUAGGGGUCCUUGUUUUAUGGAGGACUUUAGGCUACAUGUUCCCUAUCUUCCACUAUAUGUAGUCCAUUUCUCAUCCAUGUUAUGAGAUGAAUACAGAAAAUACUACACUCCUUCUCUGCAUCUAAACUCUCUCUCUCUCUCAAGUUCUUUGAAGCAAAGCUCUCUCCAUUUUCUGCAUGAAACACUUUCUAUGUUCGUUUUACAACACGUUAUCAGCACGAAUAGCUCUACGAUUUGGAUUGUAGAUUGACAAGAGGAGAGGUGAAUAACUCUUGGGUUGCAGAGAAGAGGCAGUUCAUCAUUCAAUCAACUUCACUCUACCAGCUCUACAACCAAGUACUUAACGAACCGGAAGUUCACACACAUAAAUAUUGAACCAGAAGUUCAUACAUAAAUAUUGAACCAGAAGUUCACACGUAUCGAACCCGUAGUUUCGAUAACAUUGAAAGGUUAUGAAUCUUUCCAAGUAGGCGCACCCAAUUCGAUGCGAUGUCUAGGCAAGAUACAAUGAGGCUGUGUACUUAAGAGAGCCUCGCUCCACCCAAACCUCAUACUCUUACCUGGUCGUAUUUAAUUGGAGUUACCAAAAGGGUUGAGUAAUAACUUUUCAUUCCUUGGCAGACCAGCUUGAGCCCAGCAGACCCACUCUCCCUCUGCGGGACCUAGCAGCCUAGCAGGCCUCACACACCAUUUGAAUUACGCAUGAAAGGCCGGGUCACAAGCUCGCAGACUAAGCCCGAUAGGCUUCACUAUCAAGCCCACUCCUUUGGUCCAGCAGAAUCAAAUAAAAGGAAAAAUGAUUUGAUAUUGUAAAUAGAUUCACCAUAUUUAAUAUGUGUAAUUAAUUGCCAGAAGCAUUUAUUCACAUAAUUGUGUGAUAAUUAAUAUGUUAUUUUACUAGCAUGCAAUUAAUAUCUCAAUUGAUUUGUGAUUUCCAUUUAUCCAAUUUGUGAGAUUAUUUCAAUUUGCUCAAUUCAAUAUUAUUGUGUUACUUGUCUAAAUUUUCGCACUAGAAUAUAUGUGUAGAAAAUGCAGGUACCUAAUGAACUAGAAGUUCUAAAUGAACCAGUAGUUCAUUCACAUAUCGAACCUGUAGUUUCGAUAAUGCCAUUUAAGAAACUUGAAGUUUCCUUCAUAAAUUCACCACACAUGAUAAAACCAGUAGAUUUUACAUGUUUAAUCCGAUUUUCCAUACCAUGUUAUAGAACCUGAAAUUCCUAUUAGUUGCUUAUGGACGAUACUACCCAAAGCACUAAGAUUAUUUGUUCCUUUCCUGUAAGAAAUGCCAAAUCUCAACAAACUUGACUUUGUUGCUUUGGAGGUUUCCAGAAGAAACUAUCUAAAGUGAACUCAAGAUGUGAAAAUUCAUCUGAUUGCAAAGAAGAUGAGAUCAACAAUCAAUGCUAACAAUGUCGUCAUUGAGGCUUUUAAUAUGAGUGCCAUAAUUUUCAAAGGAAACAUAUGGAGAAAACACUCCAAGUUGAGUAUCCGAUGAAGAGGAUACACAGACUCUUUGGGUCGCUCUAGAAGAGCACUUUCACCAUCAAAUGACCAUUUUCUUGCUUGAAGCAAGACAUGAUUGGCAGAACGAAAUUAGCCCAUAUGACCGUCUGCCACUUGGCCAAAGCCCAAUAGGCCAUGUAAUCAGGCUCCACGUGGCCAAGGCCCACGUGGUAGGAACCAUGAUGCCAUAACUCAGCAAGCCCAAGUUGAAAGGAACACUGGUCCGGCCCGCUGCCACCAGAAUCAGCAUGAUCUUUGUUAUCAAUGUGGAGGAAUUGACUGUUGGUCCCGCACCUGUUGUGCGAUAGCCUAAGCAGUAGAUGAGUAUUACGCCGGUCGCGGAACUCGAAAUACCAACUUUAUUAAAGGGUCAUUUUCUAUCGAUUCCACACUAGAGAUCACGGAUUUUCAGGCAGUUACUGAACAUACCGAGGAUUAGAACUCGAAGACAUGGGUAUAAUUGGCCCCUUGUGCCAUAUCUAUUUCAUCUUAAUGAAUGAAACAUCUUCGGAUUUUGGUGAUUUAUGUUUUCAAUUAUUUUGGAUUAUAGAAAUGUGGUUAUGUUCGAAUAUAUUUAAUUCAAUAAACUUAUUCAUACAUGUGAUCCAUUGAAUUAAAUAAAUGAAUAGGCAUAUUCUGUGGGGAAGUUUGUUGUCUGGUUAAAAGUGCUAUUACGCAGACCAUACUCCCAGAUUGGAGAUAUUUUUCAAACUUAUUGUCUAUUCAUACCUCUGUGACAACCGUAUCAGGCCAAUCCAACCUGAUAGAGGGUUAUGGCAAAACCCACUAUAUGUUGUCCAAUGGUACUGAACCUACCAUUAAUGAGGCCUUAUAAUCUCCACGUUCCAGAAGAACGUUAUUGAGUAUUAAGGAUAUUCGAACCAACGGUUAUCACGCUGAAACCACUGAGAAAAAUGAGUGUAAUAUCUUUGCAUAACCUCCAAAGUGUGUGGCCAGAAGCGUACAUUGGAGAAAUUGGAAUCUGUUAGCUAGAAGCUAACUAAUUUAAGCAACUACUUGCUAUGGCAUGACCGUUUGGGACACCCAGGUCAAAGUAUGAUGCACCGUAUCCUCAAUUCAUUGCAGGUGCAUCCCCUUCUGAAUAAGGGUCUUGUAUAUAAUGACACGCUAUGCCAUACUAGACCAUCAUAUGCAAAGACUAGUACAUACAUCACCAUUUUUCUGCACAGAAUGCAAGGGAAAUUUGUGGACAUAUAUAUCCAACCACCAUGUGGACCAGUUAAAUAUUAAUGGUUUUGGUUGAUGUAUCGACAAAGUGAUCACAUGUUACACUAUUGUCCACAAGAAAACGCUGCUUUUGCUAAACUCUCACCCAGAUCAUGAAAUUGAGGGUUCACCACUCGGAUUAUCCCAUAAAGUCUAUAAGACUUGAUAAUACCGGAGAGUUUACAUUGAAGUCUUUCGAUGAUUAUUGCAUAUCCCUUGGGAUUGAUGCUGAACAUAUAGUUCCCUAUGUUCACACCCAAGAUGGUCUCGCAAAUAGAAUCUUGGUAAUGCGCACCAAGCUUCUAGUUUUUGCGUGGGGCUAUGCAAUCUUGCAUGCAGCUAUGUUGGUCCCGUUGAGGCCCACUGCUACCCAACCUUACUCCGCGUUACAGUUGGUAACUGGGUACGAACCUGAUGUUUCGCACUUACUCGCAUUUGGGUAUGCAGUCCGCGUGCCAAUUGUGCCGUCACAACGUACAAAAUUGGGUCCUCAACGAAGGAUGGGCAUAUAUGUCGGUUAUGAAUCCCCAUCCAUUAUACGCUUUUUAGAGCCCUUGACAGGCGAUCUCUUUACCGCUAGAUUUGCGGAUUGUUACUUUGAUGAGACAGUCUUCCCGCCGUUAGGGGGAGAUAAGAACGUUACCGUUCCUGAUGAACGACGUGAAUUGACGUGGAAAGUCCCCACUAUGUCUCAUCUUGAUCCCCGAACCGCACAAUGUGAUAAUGAAGUGCGGAGAAUUCUAGAUCUACAGAGUGUAGCCCAAAAUAUGCCAGACGCUUUCUCUGAUCUAGCUAAAGUGACGAGAUCACAUAUACCUGCUGCAAAUGUGCCUGCAAGGAUAGAUGUCCCUGUAGGACGCGUCGUCCCAGAUGGACGAGGUACGACCAUGGCGGCUAACCAGUCACAUAUCCCUGCCCAGAAGCUAGGUAGACCACUAGGUUCGAAGGAUUCUUAUCCCCGGAAGAGGGUAAAACCGGCACAAACGAAUCCACUAGACAUCGCGAUCUCAGCUGAUCCAUCUCACGAGAUAAUUCCAGAUUAUGGGUCCGUCCUAGAAGAGACAACGUUGGGGGACGCUCCAACGUCUGAACCCACUCCCGAGAAUAGAGAAAUCUCGGUAAAUUAUGCAUGCUUAAGUGAGAUCUGGAAUCGGAAUGAGAUUAUCAUCGAUGAUAUAUUUGUAUUCGCAGUAGCUACCGAAAUUAUAAAUAACGAUGACAUCGAACCUCGCUCCGUUGAUAAUGUCAACGUAGAGACGACUGGCCAAAAUGGAAAGAAGCAAUCCAGGUCAAAUUAGAUUCCUUGACAAAGAGAAAGGUGUUUUGGACCUGUUGUUCCUACACCUCCCCAUGUUAAACCUGUAGAAUUUAAAUGGGUAUUUAUAAGGAAGCGUAAUGAGAAAAAUGAGAUUGUGAUACACAAAGCUCGUCUAGUGGCGCAAGAAUUUUCUCAACGCCCUGUGAUUGAUUACGAGGACGCGUAUUCUCCCGUAAUGAACGUCAUAACGUUCCACUACCUUAUCAAUUUGGUAGUUUCCGAAAAACUGAAUAUGCAGCUUAUGAAUGUGGUCAUAACUUAUCUCUAGGGGGAUCAUAAUACAGAAAUAUACCUGAAAGUUCCUGAAGAACUUAAUAUACCCGAUGCAAAUAGUUCUAGACCACGGAACACGCUCUCCAUUAGUUUUGAGGCGUUCACUUUAUGGAUUGAAACAAUCCAGACGGAGGUGGUAUAACCGUCUAAGUGAAUAUUUAAUCAGGAUGGGAUAUGUGAAUAAUAAACUAUGCCCAUGCGUGUUUAUUAAGGAAACAAGUUCCUAGUUUAGAAUUGUGGCGGUCUAUGUCAAUGACAUGAAUUUGAUCGAUACUCCUGAAGAGAUCAAGGAAACCGCAAAGCACCUGAAGUUGGAAUUUGAGAUGAAAGGCCUUGGGAGAACAAAUUAUUGUCUCGACCUGGAGCCCGAGCACAGUGCAGAUGAAAUUUUGGUCCAUCAACCAAAUUACAUCCAGAAGAUGUUAAGAUGCUUUAAUGAGGAUAAAAGCAAGCACACCCAUGGUCGUCUGAAGUCUAGAGAGAACCGUAUCGUCCUGCAGAUGAUAACGAAGAGAUAUUGGUACCAGAAGUCUCAUAUCUAAGUGCAAUAGGCGCAUUAUUGUACUUGGCUCAAUGCCCUAGAUAGGACAUCUCAUUCGAUGUGAACUUGUUAGCUAGAUAUAGCUCUGCGCCAACACGCCGCCACUGGAAUGGCAUGAAAGACAUUUUUCCGCUACCUUAGAGGUACAACGGAUAUGGGCUUAUUCUAUCCCUACGCAUCAAGGAAUGGAUCAAACCCCCUUGAUCCUCAGAAUGAUGCUCGCCUUGUUGGAUAUGCUGAUAUAGACUAUCUAUCAGACCCGCACAAGGCACGUUCCCAAACUGGUUAUGUCUUUACCAUUGGGAAUACUGCAAUUUCUUGGAGGUCUACGAAAUAGACACUUGUUGCUACCUCUUCGAAUCAUGCUGAGAUACUAGCUCUUCAAGAAGCAGUAUGUGAAUGUACAUGGCUAAGAGCCGUUACAAAGCAUGUUCGAAGCACAUGUGGACUGCAUUCCACCACUGAUGAACCAACCAUUAUCUACGAGGAUAAUGCUGCUUACAUAGAGCAGAUGAAGACGGGUUUCAUCAAAGGAGACAACACCAAACAUAUUGCACCGAAGUUCUUCUUCAAUCAGCAACAACAGGAGCAUCAGAAGAUUGAAGUCAAGCAGAUUCGAUCUGAAGAUAAUCGUGCAGACCUCUUUACCAAGUCACUACCAAAGUCUACAUUCCAGAAGCAUGUUCAAGGUAUUGGUCUACGUAAACUAUCUGAAUUACCUAACAUGUAAUUUUCAGGGGGAGUCGAAAUCAGGGGGAGUAUCCCGAAGCAUAUACACUUGACCAUCGUGUACUCUUUUCGUCCUUCGUCCAGGGUUAUUUUGUCCCACUGGGUUUUGUUACCUGGCAAGGUUUUAACGAGGCACAUCUUUAGAAUGGUCACCCCACUUAUACUACAUCCUGAAGAUGCUUUGAUUUGACAUAUAUGCAUUUGCUCAUCUUUUCCCUUCGACCACGGGUUUCUCCCACUGGGUUUACCGGGCAAGGUUUUGGUGUAGCAAAUCUAAAUGCAUCCCUCUCGUAGACAUACUACUUACUUAUGAUGCUAAUAAGAAGACUCCACUUAUCUCCGAAGCUGUGAUAUUACUACUCCACACUCAUACGCGUUGUGCUCUUUUUCUCCUUCGACCAAGGUUGUUUUUUUCCCACAGGGUUUUUAUUACUUGGCAAGGUUUUUGAUGAGACAACUUAGAAGCGCACAACCCAUGCAACACUAUUGACAUGAAAUAUCCAAGGGGGAGUGUUGUAAAUCAUUAUGGCUAUAUCAUGUAAAUAGAUAUAGGGUAAAUCAUUAUGUUGUUAUAGGCUUACCCUUUCCAUGUUUUAUGGAUGACUUUAGGAAUCCUUGUUUUAUGGAGGACUUUAGGGGUCCUUGUUUUAUGGAGGACUUUAGGCUACAUGUUCCCUAUCUUCCACUAUAUGUAGUCCAUUUCUCAUCCAUGUUAUGAGAUGAAUACAGAAAAUACUACACUCCUUCUCUGCA